CUUAUAUUCUUGCUUCUGUCAGGAGAAUGCUGCAGCCGGGGCAGCCGGCGUGAAUGAGGCAAAUGCAAUUGCGCCAAGCCCAACGCAAUAUUAGGUUAGCUUAUCUCCUAAUAUGAAAUAGGAGGGGUCAAUGCAAACAGAGCCCCAGAGAGAUGGGCAGCCGGUGGACCCGCUCGUUGCCAAUUUGCAGCGACUGGAGGCGGACUCGCGCGACGGGGCUGUGCAGAAGGACGUGCUUAUCGCGUGGGACAUAGAAAAUGCGCAGCUACCCAGCAACGUCCCCGUCGCGGAGGUGGAGAGGGCGAUAUCCAACGCCUUCCAGAUCCUGCCGCGCCGCAAGUGCCACGCCUUCAUGACUGCGCUCACGCGCAAGUCGCUGGCCGCGCUGGCUGCCGCGCACGGCGACGUCCAGGUUGACUACCUGUGCAACAACGUCACUGUGGUCCUCGCGUCGGGCGGCCCCAAGAGCACGUCCACUGAUGAGAAGCUGCUCAAGCAAAUUGACGGCUUCAUUGAGCGGCAGAUCGCCACCGGCCGCGCGGCACAGGGCGUGCUCGUGCUCAUCACGGGCGACGACGACUUCACCUCCCGUGUGCGCAAGGCCAUGGACGCGGGCAUGUGCGUGGAGGUGCUGCACCCCGCCUUUGUGACGAGCGGCAAACUCCUGGAGGCCAUCAGCGGCCGCGCCAAUGCCUGGCACGCGGAGUGGCAGGAUUUUCUCACCUACUGGCUCGGCAAGCACGGCACCCGCCAGCAGCAACCAACGCAGCUGCAGCAGCCGCAGCACCACCAGCCGCAGCGCGGUGGCGGUGGCGGCAGCGGCGGCGGCCGCCACAGCGCUCCGCUCUGGGGUCGCGGCACACGCGGCGCCCGCAAGGGCGGUGCUCGCGCCGCGGACAUGUUGCUGUCGGCGCUGUACCCGCGGCCGGGCGCAGGCAGGGGCGGCCCAGCGGCCGCUGGCAUGGGCGUGGGCGCAGCGGCAGGCGCUGCGGCAGGCGCUGCAGCAGCAGCAGCAGGCGCAGCUGCAGCUGCAAGAGCGGCUGCAGCUGCAGGGCCGGGCGCGGGCGCGGGUGUGAGCGCGGGCACGGGUGCGGGUGCGGGUGUGGGCGCAGCCGCGGGCGCAGGCGCGGGGCCAGGGCCAUGGAUGAGGUUUUUGCUGACAGACAGUGGGCCGCAGCAGCUGCAGCCGGGCCUCCCGUUGAAGGUCGAGGCCGGGGCGGGCUGGGCAGCCGGUGUUGCUGGCGCUGUAGGCGCGGCUGCAGGCGCGGCUGCGGCGAUGGCGGCGACAGCGCUGCCGGUGGUGGGUGCAAAGCGCAAGGCUGAGGCGCUGGAGGAGCCGGAGGGCGGCGCCGCCGCCAAGGCACCGCGGCACGAGCGAGAUGCUGACGUGCCGGGUGCUGGCGGCGGCGGCAGCGGCGGUGCUGCUGGUGUCGGUGGCGAUGUCGCUGCCGCUGCCGCUGUCGGUGCCGCCGGCGCGGCGGGCGAGGGUGAUGGCCGCGGCGGCGAGGACGACGCCAUUGAGAUCCUGGACGACAGUGGCGAGGACGACGAGGAGGAUGAGGACGAGGAUGGUGACGACGUGGUGCUUGUGGAGGACAUGCCCAUGCAACAACACCUCCAGGAACCCCACCUGCAGUAUCCCUAUCAGCAGCAUCCCUACCAGCAGCAUCCCUAUCAAAAACACCAGCUGCCCCAUUCCCACCACCAGCACCCUCACCAGCACCCCCAGCAGCACCAGCAGGGUCGGGGACUGAGGGCGCGGCAGCCCAAGCGCAGCGCGCGGGACACGGUGCCGCUGGCCUCAUUGCAGGCGGUGCAGGCGGCGGGCGACGCCGCGCAGGCGCUGCGGCUGGUCUACAACUGGCUGGUGUGGGAACGGACUCGGAACACGCCCGACUUCAAAAGUCUCUCUCAGAUCGCCAAGAAGCACGGCUGCAAGCUCAAGGUGCAGCUGCGGCUCCGCAAUAACGAGGUGCACACCGCCGAACUGGUCCUCAGCCGCGCCACGCGCAUGCACCACGUGGACCCGCAGCAGGCGGUGCGCGCCGCCUGCGCCGCCCUCCGUGCCCGGUUAGACGCACUCCUGCUCCAACACCGUGUGGUGAACCCGCUGGCACAGGGCGAAGCCGGCGGCGCGGGUGGCGCGGGCGCUGCGGGCGCUGCGGGCGGAGCGCCCCCGGCAGAGUAUCCGCGGACCCUCGCGCUCAUGGCGGCGGCGGCGGCGGCCGAGCAGCGCGCAGCCGCCCCAGGCGGAUCUGCGGCGGCCGGCGGUGCGGCCGCAGGGGCGGCUGCACAUGGGUUGGCGGCGCAGGCCGGGCAGGCCGGCGGCAGCCACGGCGGCGGCACGGCCAUGGCAGCGAUGCCGCUCGCUGGCGCCGGCCAUGGCGCCGGUGCCGGUGCCAGAGGAGCUGCGGCCGGUGGCGAUGACGACGGCUACGGCUACGGGAGCGCAGGCGAGGUUGACUUUGAAGUGGAGGAGCUGCCGGCAAAGGGGCGUCCCGGGGCGAAGCAGAGGCGGGCCCGGGUGCAGCUGGAUCUGCACGCCCUGGAGGCGGUGCGCAGGUCGCCGGACCCCCAGAACGCGCUGGAGCAUGCGUGUGCCUGGCUGUCCGUCGCCAAGGCCAUCAACACGCCCGAGUUCCAGGCCAUGCACUUGCUGGCCCACUCACACGGCUGCCGCAUGAAGGCAACGGUCGCCAAGGCGGGAGUGGCGGGGCACCUGAACAUCACGUGCGCCGCGCAGCCCCGCGGCAACCCGCACCCCAUCGUGCGGGCCGCCACCCUCGCCCUGAAGGCCCUGCUGAACAAGCACGUGCAGCGGCAGCUGGAGGUCGCGGCGGCGGGGCCAGCAGCAGGGGCAGGAGCAGGAGCCGACGCCGCAGCAGCAGCAGCAGCAGCAGCAGCAGCAGCAGCACCGCAGCCUGCCAGGGGCAGGGCGGCGCCUCCGGCGGCAGCACACGGCGGCCCGGCAGGUGCGGCUGCGCCGCUGCCGCUGCCGCGGCUGGUGCUGGCGGUGCCUGCGGCAGCGGCAGCUGCGCAGCAGCUGGGGGGUGGCGUCGCUGCCGCAGCCCGCAUGUGCGUAGGCGCGCCCGCCGUUCCCGGCACCGCGGCCUACGACCGCGCGGUUGCAGUCGCCGUAGCUGCUGCCGACGCCGCUGCGGAGCGCGCGGGGCUUACAGGAGCGGUGCCUGCCGUGGCUCCGCAAGCGGCUGAACCCAUGCCGCAAGCGGCCGUGGCUCCGCAAGCGGCUGAACCAAUGCCGCAAGCGGCCGUGGCGCUGCAAGCGGCUGAACCCAUGCCGCAAGCGGCUGCGCCGGCUGUCGGCCACGCGACUGCCAGCCCCACAGCUGCCGCAAGCCCCACGGCAGCCACGGCCAGCAGUCCCUCGCGGCCUGCCGACAGCAGCCCUGCUGUGGCCGGCGCGGCUGGCGGGCUUGCCAGCAGCCCGGGGUGCGUGGCAAUGUAGGCUGGCGCGGUGGUGUGACGUGCGUGCCGCCGGCAUGGAAACCGUUUGCCCAGCCAGCUGCCCUGGGGGGGGGGGGCAUGCGUGCAGUCGGGGUGUGGGAAACACGCGUGCGCGUGAUCGGCCAGGAGUGCCAGGUCAGACAGAGUAGCAGGGUAGGACACAGCAGGCCAGGCAGUAGCUGCACUAGCGUAUACUGGGGGCAUGUAAGUAUGUAUGUGCGGUACGUCAGGCAGGCAGGCAGCGGCAGGGUCGGUAGGCACACGGUAUGCGGUCAGGAGGCAGGUAGUUUUUGUUUUGGACUGCGACAACAUGGUCGUGGGCCGAGUCGCUGGCGGAGUCGGUGGCUGGCAGGGCACGGCAGUUAGAAGGCUUGUGCGGGCUAGCUAGUACGACCACAGGGCACCAGAUAGCUGUAGGACGCAGCCUGUAUGCUCGAGGCAGGUGGCAUGCGUGUGUGCACGCCUGGAGAAGCAGGCAGAUUGGAUGCAGGGCUGCGGGUGCAGGUGGGGGUUGCUUAUGGUUGCGGAUUAUGCGCGUGCCCAGGGACCGCACACGGGCGAGUGGUAUUGAAGCUUAGUGGAGCCCUUGAGCUGAUGAAGACAGUAAUUGGCGAGUUGGCGCUGGCGGGCCAAAGUUGAUGUAACGUUUGCAUUGAUUCAACAGGACUCGUGCCUGCAGCUCCACGCUGCAGACCCCCGUACGGGGCUGUUGACCUGAGGGGUCUGGAGGGGUCCGCAGCUGUAAAGUUGAGUUUGGCCAGCUGGUUGCAACGCGAAUGUCCAACUUAUUUUGGCUAGUUGUUGCAGCGUGCAGGGCGGGGCCGCCCCAGGCACGCCGCAGCGAACCAGGGGUCCGCUCCAGCGUGCUUGGGAAGUAGGGCAUUUGACAUCGCAUAAGCACUGCUAGAUUACAUGUAGUGUUUGGUGCCCGCCGCUGAGCGAACGCCCAAUUCAGACGAACCGUCGCCCAGCAUGCUGCAAGCGGCGUUCUUCGCGCCAAACGCCCACCCUGACCUCUAUAACCGACAAUCAA